AUCAAGUGGGCUAUCGAUGGAUGGGCUUUGGCAAACAAGGAUUUCAGUGUCAAGUUUGCUCGUAUGUUGUGCACAAGCGCUGUCAUGAGUACGUCACAUUCAUAUGCCCGGGCAAGGAUAAAGGAAUCGAUUCCGAUUCACCACAAACAGUGCAUCAUUUCGAACCAUUCACAUUUGGUGGGCCAACUUUUUGCGACCACUGCGGCUCGCUACUCUACGGCAUCUAUCAUCAGGGUCUCAAAUGCUCAGCAUGCGACAUGAAUGUUCAUGCCCGAUGCAAGGAGAAUGUGCCGAGCUUAUGCGGUUGCGAUCAUACCGAACGACGAGGGCGCAUCAAUUUGGAGUUGAAUGUGAAGGAGAAUUUGUUGACGGUGCAAAUCAAAGAAGGCCGCAAUCUCAUUCCAAUGGAUCCAAAUGGUCUCAGCGAUCCAUAUGUCAAAGUCAAACUAAUUCCAGAUGAGCACGAAAAGUCAAAGAAAAAGACGCGCACCAUUAAGGCAUGUCUGAAUCCUGUGUGGAACGAGACCAUCAAAUAUGAUCUCAAACCAGAAGACAAAGAUCGUCGUGUACUGAUCGAGGUGUGGGAUUGGGAUCGUACAUCGCGCAAUGAUUUUAUGGGCGCGUUAUCCUUUGGCAUAUCCGAAAUUAUUAAGAAUCCCGCCAAUGGUUGGUUCAAAUUACUCACACAAGAGGAGGGUGAAUACUACAACGUGCCAUGCGCUGAUGCCACGCAGGAUCUGCUUAAACUCAAAAGUCAAAUGCGGAAAUCAUCGCAGAAGAAACCGCUGGUGAUGCGCAGCGAUACAAAUACACAGACACAAUCCAAAAAGGAUAUGAUACGUGCCACAGAUUUUAAUUUUAUCAAAGUGCUGGGCAAAGGUUCAUUUGGAAAGGUCAUGUUGGCCGAACGCAAAGGCACCGAAGAUCUCUACGCCAUCAAAAUACUCAAAAAGGAUGUCAUCAUACAGGAUGAUGAUGUCGAGUGUACAAUGAUUGAGAAGCGCGUGCUGGCGCUGGGCGAGAAGCCACCAUUCCUAGUGCAGUUGCACUCGUGCUUCCAAACGCUAGACCGCCUCUUCUUUGUCAUGGAGUACGUCAAUGGUGGUGAUUUGAUGUUUCAAAUACAACAAUUCGGAAAAUUCAAGGAGCCAGUCGCUGUCUUCUACGCCGCUGAAAUUGCCGCCGGCCUCUUUUUUCUACACAGCAAAGGCUUUUUGUAUCGUGAUUUGAAAUUGGACAAUGUCCUAUUGGAUGCGGAUGGUCAUGUUAAAAUUGCCGACUUUGGCAUGUGCAAGGAGAAUAUUAUUGGCGAUAAGACAACAAAGACAUUUUGCGGCACACCCGACUACAUAGCACCCGAGAUCAUCCUGUAUCAGCCCUAUGGUAAAUCGGUUGAUUGGUGGGCCUAUGGCGUUUUACUUUACGAAAUGCUCGUCGGUCAGCCGCCUUUCGAUGGUGAAGAUGAAGAGGAAUUGUUUGCUGCCAUCACCGAUCACAAUGUCUCCUAUCCGAAGAGUCUGAGCAAGGAGGCAAAGGAGGCGUGCAAAGGGUUCCUCACCAAACAGCCUACCAAACGGCUCGGCUGUGGUCCCACCGGUGAAGCGGAUGUGCGCAUUCAUCCAUUCUUCCGACGAAUCGAUUGGGAAAAAAUUGAGAAUCGUGAAGUGCAGCCACCAUUUAAGCCGAAGAUUAAACAUCGCAAGGAUGUCUCGAACUUCGAUAAGCAAUUCACGUCGGAGAAAACGGAUCUAACACCAACGGAUAAAGUAUUCAUGAUGAAUUUGGAUCAAGCGGAAUUUGUUGGCUUCUCCUACGUGAAUCCGGACUAUGCAGUGCCUGUUUAAGUACAAUUAAAAUAAACAAACAUACAUGCCAGCAUUUGGUAAGCGCAGCAGCGUGGGAGUGGCACAGGAACUGAUAGAUGAAGGGUACAAGAGAGAAAGAGAGGUACGGAACGCCGUGUGAAAGAGGCAAAGAAGGGAAGCAGAAAAUGAAGCGUCUAGUUGCUGCGAUGUUGUUGAAUGUUGACCUCACAACGCAAGAUCGCGAUAAACGUCUACUGAUUGAGGUUUGGGAUUGGGAUCGUACAUCACGUAAUGACUUCAUGGGCUCAU